GGCAGGGACAACCGCAAGGAAGAAGGCCUGCGCUGUGCAUUAUGGGCAUGGAACCGGUGGCUUGAUAGAUUUUUGUUGCUUGUUCGUUCACAAUGUUACCGUGAUGGUGGAUUGGAGUAUCGAGAACUCCUGUGUUUCAAACAACAGCUAGCCUCCCUGGAGUGGUGCCCCAAUGACAUGGCCUCCAGUCACAGCUCCUCCCCAGUGCCUCAUCCCCGCGGCGGUGGCGGCAACGACGGGAUUUACCGCAAGGACAAGGAGCCCUCCUCGCGACACUACCGGCCCGUCCGCUCCCUCCCAGAUGUGUGCCCCAAGGAGCCCACGGGUGAGGCCCGGGGGCUGUGUGAGGGCCCGUCGGUGGUGGCAGAGCACGACCGCUGGACAGUGUACAACUCUAAGGUCAACCUCCCCGCCGCCCUAAACGACCCUCGGUUGACCAAGAGGGAGUCCGACUUCUUCACCAAAACAUGGGGCCUGGACUUUGCAGAGACCGAGGUCAUGCCCUCCUUCUACCUCCCCAACAUCACCAAGGAGCACUUUGGCCCCUACCUUCAGGAAACGGCUCAGAGGGAAAAAAUCCAUGAGCGAUGCAGGAACAUCUGUCCCAACAAGGAUGACGUUGACGCAGUCCCGAGCGUCACAAACAACCAUGACAAAUCAAGAACGGAGCUGGAGCAAGUUCCUAAGAUCUUCAUGAAGCCCGAUUUUGCGCUGGGCGACCCCUCGACCUUCAACGCCGUCCUGCCGUGGUCGCACUUCAACAGUGCCGGCGGGAAGAACAGCCGCGACAUGGCGUCGUCGCGGUUACUUCAGGAAAAGCUGAGCCACUACCUGGACGUGGUCGAGGUGAGCAUCGCGCGCCAGAUCUCGCUGCGCUCGGAAGCCUUCUUCCACGCCAUGUCCUCCCAGCACGAGCUGCAGGACCGCCUGCAGGAGACGCAGCGCUCGGCGGCGGCGCUCCGCCAGCGCACUGCCGCCGUCCACCGCCUCAUGUGCCAGGGCCCGCUGAGCGCCCUGCGCCAGGCGCUCUCCCGGGCCAACCACGUCAGGCUGCACAACAAGCUGAAGCUGAUGGCCGCCGUGCACCAGACCCAGCCCACCGUGCAGCUGCUGCUGUCCACCUCGGAGUUUGUGGGGGCCCUGGAGCUCAUCGCCACCACCAAGGAGGUCCUGCAGCAGGAGCUGCAGGGGAUCCACAGCUUCAGACACCUGGGCUCCCAGCUGUGUGAACUGGAGAAGCUGAUUGACAAGAUGAUGAUCGAGGACUUCAGCAUGUACUCCAGGAGUGACCUUAGCCGCAGCCUGGAGGAGGAGGGACAAGUCCUGGAGAAGGUGCAAAACAAAAACGUUGUCUCUGUAAAGGACAGGCUGGAAUCUCUGGUAUUUGGCUUGCUGAGGCAGCGGAAGCUGGAUUUUCUUGACAUAUACAGCGAAGAGAUGAUACUGGCAGCCAAGAGCAUUGUCACUCAGUGUGUUAUCGACUCAGUGUCUCAUAUUGAAGAAAUUGACUCUGAAAUUGUCAACAAGCUGGCUGACCAGAUGCGCCUCAUGACGUUCCCUCAGUGGUUUGAGUUGCUGCAGAGCGUUUUUGAGAACUUCAUCCUCUUCUUGAAAAGAAUCAAGGCGACGCUGAGUGUGAUCAGGAACGUGGUCCUGGAGGUGCUGGACAGUAAUCAGAAGAGCCGUCUGCUGGAAAGGGGGGCGGGGGGGACGGCGGAGGCCCCGGGGCAGCUCCUUCCGGGGGAGGCGGAGCUGGCCUACCUCACCCACGAGGGCAUGUUCAUCAGCGACGCCCUCAACCACGCCCAGCAGUCGCCGGCCACCGUGGGCCAGGAGCAGAGCUCCGCUGUGGGGCCCAGGUCCCAGGAGCAGAGCUCCGCCGUGGGGCCCAGGUCCCAGCAGGGCCACUCUCGUCCGGAUGCGUGCGGUAGUGACUCGGCCUCUGGGACCACAGAGUCCUCCUCCAGCAGGGAUCCCAGCUACCCUCCAGGAGGGGGUGCUGGAGUCACGUCUAACGAGGAGAUGAUGCCUACAGACCUGGAGCUAGGCAGGAUAGCCAAUAACAUCCAGGAACUGCUCUACACCGCCUCCGACGUCAGCCACGACCGCUGUGUCAAGGUCCUCAUGGCCAGAGCCAAGGACGGCUCUCUGGAGCGCCUGAGCUCGGCCGAGUUUGUGUGCCUGUCCCGGGCGGUGGAGGGCUUCGUGAGGGACACGGAGGAGCUGUGCUGCCGGCGCAGCAUGUCCUUGCGCGGCGCGCUGCAGAGUCAGGCCAACCGCUUCGUCCACCGCUUCCACGAGGAGCGCAAGACCAAGCUCAGUCUGCUGCUGGAUAACGAGAGGUGGAAGCAGGCCGAGGUCCCGGCAGAGUUCCAGGACCUGGUGAACUCCAUCUCCGACGGCAGGAUAACACUACCGGAGCGCAAGCCCAUAGCCUCAGAAGACAGGAAGCCAAGUGAAUACUUACACAUUGACGGUCAGAAGUAUGCCGUCGUUGGGACUGUGUUGCUGCUGAUCCGGAUCUUUCUGGAGUACUGUCAGUGCGUCAACGACAUCCCUUCCAUCGCCACAGAUAUGCUAACCCGUCUCUCAGAUCUCCUAAAGCACUUCAACUCCCGGAGCUGCCAGCUGGUCCUGGGGGCGGGAGCGCUGCAGGUGGUGGGGCUCAAGACGAUCACCACUAAAAACCUGGCACUGGCAUCCCGCUGCCUGCAGCUGGUGGUCCACUACAUUCCAGUCAUCAGAGCCCACUUCGAAACCAAGCUGCAGCCCAAACAGUACAGCGUCCUCAGGCACUUCGACCACAUCACCAAGGAUUACAACGAUCACAUAGCAGAGAUCUCUGCCAAGCUGGUGGCAAUCAUGGAUAGCUUGUUUGAGAAGGUGCUAUCAAGGUAUGAAGUCAAGGCCCCCAUGCCGUCUGUUUGCUUUCGCAACGUCUGCAAACAAAUGGCCAAAAUGCACGAGGCCAUCUAUGAGCUUCUGCCCGAGGAACAAACACAGAUGUUGUUCCUGAGGAUCAACGCCAGUUUUAAAAUGCACCUCAAGCGGCAGCUGGCUCGCCUCGGGGUGGUGAACGACGGUGGUCCACAACAGGGGCUGGUGGGCGUGGACAUCGCCUUUUACACAGAGAACGUUCAGGCCCUGAGGACACUCGAGAAGCUGGACUUGAGCAUGGCAGAGAUCUGGGAACAGAAGAGGUGAUGGCUUUCUGCCGCGCGCGCGUGCGACAUGAUGAACCCGCCCCAACCACCACCACCACGCCCACCUUGGAGGGACACAGCUCCUCAGGCGAAAAGAAUCUGUACCAGUAGCUCACCCUCCUGGUCAUCCUCGCCUGCCUUAGGACCACGGACCUCACUGGCUGCAGGCCACCUGUAGAGGGCGCUGUCUGGGGGUGGGUGAGGUGGGUGGGUGGGUGGGGGACAGGGAGAACUAGCAGAACUAGAACUAGACCGCCCUGCGACGUUGUGGGACCAAAGCCAGAGAUGUGCACAGCUUGUGGGCUCCUCGCAGACUGUCUCUGGGGCUGAGAGACCUGGGAUGCAUCAGUGCCUCCUUUUAAACUGCUGUCACCUCAUCUCACUGUGUGCAAUCCAACUAGAUGAUUUAUUAUUACAGAUGAAUAAAUUAUGAUUUACUGUCAAUGGGGAAGCUGGCAAGACACUCACCAGAUUUCUUUUUAAUUUUUUUGUCAACAGCAGUAAACUGCGGAUGUCCUUGUAGCACUCGGCAACAAAAAUGAAAUACGUGGCCACUCCUUAAAUGGGAUUCAGACGUGUGAAUAGAAAGACUCAUUUUAAAAUGGUUGUAGUCAAGAUUCUACUUGACAAGGCUCUCACUACUUAAUCGCUUUAGAGAAAGUAGCAUAUUAUCAAAGUUGACUAAGUAUCUCUUAAAGUACCUGUCCUUAGUUGAUUUACAUUGAUCUUUCCACUUAAUUGCUCAAUUCACAGCAAAUCAAGCAGUCGCUCUUGAUUAAAUAAUUGAAUUAGUCAUCAUGAACAAUUCAAAAUAUAAUAUAUAUACACAGUAUAACUCCGACAAAGCUGGAUGCUUGAGCUACAUCAAGCAUGAAAAUUGGCUGUGAAUUCUAUAAAUUGAAUUUGUAUUCAAGUGACAACAAUAGUGAUUCCUUAAUGUUAAUUGUAUGCAUGGACUUUUUGGUUCGUCUUUUCUAAGUAGCAAAGCUCCAUCCCAAAUAGUAUCCUGUUUUCUGAACUGCCUGCCCCUGCACUGUGUUAGCAUUGACACCUCAUGCAAGAGGAUCCAAGGGUAUCAAAAAAAAAGCACCACCAACUAACUGCUGUCUUCUUCAAAAGUGCCUACUUUUGAUAAAUAUCAAA